GUGCCCCGUCAUGGCCGCCGCCCCCGUCUCCGUGCUGCUGCUGGCGCUCCUGCUGCAGACGGCCAAGGCCGCCAGGGCCGAGCUCGGCGACGGCGACCGCACCUUCCCGACGGGGUUCGUCUUCGGCUGCGCCACCGCGUCCUACCAAGUGGAGGGCGCCUGGAACGAGAGCGGCAAGGGCGAGAACAUCUGGGACCGGCUGGUGCACGAGCACCCCGACUCCGUGGCGGACCGGUCCAACGGGGACGUGGCCUGCGACUCGUACCACAAGUACAAGGAGGACGUGAGCCUGCUCAAGGACUUGGGGAUGGACGUGUACCGAUUCUCCAUUUCGUGGUCGCGGAUUCUGCCCAACGGCAUGGUGGGCAACCUCAACAGGGCCGGCGUGGACUACUACAACAACCUGAUCACGGAGCUGCUGUCCAAAAGCAUCCAACCUAUGGUGACGCUGUACCACUGGGACCUACCGCAACCCCUGCAGGACCUGGGCGGCUGGCCCAACCCCCUCCUGGCGGACUACUACGUCGACUACGCCGACCUGGCCUUCGGCCUGUUCGGCGACAGGGUGAAGCUCUGGCUCACGUUCAACGAGCCCUACGAGACGUGCGUGUCCGGGUACGGCAGCGGCCACAACGCCCCCGACCUGGACCUGGACGGCGUGGGCGACUACCUGUGCGCCCACACCGUGCUGCGCGCCCACGCCGCCGCCUACCGCCUCUACCACCGGAAGCACGCCGCGUCGCAGAAGGGGAGGGUGGGCAUCACGCUCAACAGCGAGUGGUUCGAGGCGAGGAACGCUUCCAGCGAGGAGGACGGCCUGGCAAGGGAGCGCGCGCAACAGUUCAAGCUGGGCUGGUUCGCCCACCCCAUCUUCAGCGAGGUGGGCGACUACCCCCCGGUGAUGAGGGAGCGCGUCAUGGCCAACAGCUUGGCCCAGGGGCUGUCCAGGUCGCGGCUGCCCACCUUCUCCGCGGCCCAGGUCGCGGCCCUCCGAGGAUCCGCCGACUUCUUCGGGCUGAACCACUACUCGACGUACUUGACGUCCUCUGCGGCCCCGGGGGGCGACAAGGCGCCGGCGGCGUCCUCGUCCUUCUCCAGGAGCAGCGACGCGGCGGUGCAGUUCGAGCAGGACCCUUCCUGGCCGGGCAGCGCGUCGACGUGGCUCAAGGUCGUGCCGUGGGGCUUCCGGAGACUGCUGGUGUGGGUUCGGGACGCGUACGGCAACCCGCCAGUGAUUGUGACGGAAAACGGGUUCUCCAGUGCCGGGUCGGACCUCAACGACACGGCCCGCACCGCGUACCACUCGCUCUACCUGGAGCAGCUGCUGAAAGCUGUGCACGAGGACAAGUGCAAUGUGUCCGGCUACAUCGCCUGGAGCCUUCUUGACAAUUUUGAGUGGAACGACGGAUACACGGCCCGGUUCGGCCUGUACCACGUCGACUUCGCCGACGCGUCGAGGCCUCGGACGCCCAAGGGAUCGACCGGCCUGUUCAAGACCAUCACCAAGACGCGACGCCUGCCAGCCCUGCCUCCGCACACCCACCAGUCCCACCAGUCCCACCAGUCCCGCCACACGGACGAUAGGAACGAAAUUCAUGGAUCGGACGCGAGAGUCGUUUAAUGAAUAAUGGAUCUCAACGGGAAUCGCAUCGUUGGCACCACGCCAUUUGCACAUUUCCAGGAAAUUAACAGUGCGGAUAAUUCUUAUGGCGUGCGGCUGGUGUCGGCUGGAUGUGGCAGGCAUUUGACGGAGCACACUGUUGGUCGCCACGCCAGCCACGCCGGCAUCCGCGUGGCGAGCAGCUGAUUGGAGGCAG